AUGAUGCUCCGUCUCUCGCGCCGCCGUCUUGCCACGUCCACUGGGGGCUUCUCAUCCGCCGCCUUCACCGGCGACGACGGCGGCGCCUACGAGAGACGCAAGAGUGAGCAGGAGCGGCUUAAGCGCGAUCAUCAGCAGGAGGGCGCGGGGGCGCAGGAACAGCAACCCCACAACGGUGGAGGUGAUGCCCAGCACGCAGGCACACCUGUGUCCGCCUCGAUGUCUUCAUCGUCCUUCUGGGAGGAGACGUGCUCUCCGAGUGGCUUUCACGGCACAAAGGGCAGCAGCAGUGGCAGCGGCAACGCCACCAAUGCCGCUGCAGCCGAUGCGCCCCUUGCUCGACCGACGAUUGACACCUACCGCGCCAUGACAGACGAAGAACUUGUCGAGACGCUGCGGACCCGCGACGAGCAGAUUCGUCAACUGCGUGCUAUCUACGAGAGCUUCCACUACGACGCGGACAGGCACUUUCGAAAAAUGAUCUUUGACUACCACGACAAGACGAUACAACUGUCGCAGGUGCACGGACGCAUGCAGCAGGCCUCGCUGCAGAUCAACCGCGAGGCCCUUUCGAAGAUGCGUGAUCAGCAGGAUAUGAUGACACGCGACAAGCGCAUCAUCUUCACCAUCUGCACGCUGUGGACGCUUAUCUUCUGGGUGUGGGUGCGCCGUCACUACGUAAAGCGGCGUGAGCUGGAGCUGGAGCCGCUGGAUGGGCGGGAGUGGGCGCAGAUGAGCCCCUCAAUCACCGGCGCUGGCAGCUACAACGAGAACGUUUUUGGCAGCAACAAGCGCAAUGCGCGUUUUACUGAGACAGCGUGGGAGCGUGAGCUGCGCGAGCGCCGCGAGGCGCAAAACUUGCGAGAGCAGCAGGCCGCCCUUCUUCGGAACCAGAUGGAGCUGCAGAAAGCCGUGGCAACGCAGCGGGAGCAGCGGCAAGCGUGUCGUGGUGACUCGUGA